CCGUCAGCGCCCCUCCCUCUCCACCCCCAUCCCCCCCAUCGGCGUCUGGGCCUCAUCCCCUUCUCUCUGUCUCCUUCUCCCCCAUCACUUCUCCAGACAUUGACACCCCAUUACUCCAGUUUCCCCGGUUUCAGCUUGGGUCUUCAGCCCCAUCCACUCGAGGAUUUGCCUGAAGCCCACCCCCAACUCUGUACCUGCCCCCCGAGGGCCACCGAGGACCAUGACUAAGACAGAUCCUGCCCCCAUGGCCCCGCCGCUCAGGGCGGAGGAAGAAGAAGAGGAGGAGGAGGAUGAGCCUGUCCCAGAGCCCCCCAGCCCCACCCAGGAGCGCCGGCAGAAGCCUGUUGUGCACCCCUCGGCACCAGCUCCCCUCCCCAAGGACUACGCCUUCACCUUCUUCGACCCCAACGACCCUGCCUGCCAGGAGAUUCUGUUUGACCCCCAGACCACCAUCCCCGAACUGUUCGCCAUCGUGCGUCAAUGGGUGCCCCAAGUCCAACACAAGAUCGACGUCAUUGGCAAUGAGAUUCUGCGGCGAGGCUGCCAUGUGAAUGACCGUGAUGGGCUGACCGACAUGACACUGCUCCAUUAUGCGUGCAAGGCUGGGGCCCACGGAGUCGGGGACCCCGCGGCGGCGGUGCGCCUCUCGCAGCAGUUGCUGGCUCUGGGCGCAGACGUGACCCUGCGUAGCCGCUGGACUAACAUGAACGCGCUUCACUACGCCGCCUAUUUCGACGUGCCCGAUCUCGUGCGCGUGCUGCUGAAGGGUGCGCGGCCGCGAGUGGUGAACUCCACGUGCAGUGACUUCAACCACGGCUCAGCCCUGCACAUCGCUGCCUCCAACCUGUGCCUGGGCGCGGCCAAGUGUUUGCUGGAACACGGUGCCAACCCGGCGCUUCGGAACCGAAAGGGACAAGUGCCAGCAGAGGUGGUCCCAGACCCCAUGGACAUGUCCCUGGACAAGGCAGAGGCGGCACUGGUGGCCAAGGAGCUGAGGACACUGCUGGAGGAGGCCGUGCCGCUCUCCUGCGCCCUCCCCAAGGUCACACUACCCAACUAUGACAACGUCCCAGGCAAUCUCAUGCUCAGCGCACUGGGCCUGCGCCUGGGAGACCGCGUGCUACUGGAUGGCCAGAAGACGGGCACGCUGCGGUUCUGCGGGACCACGGAAUUCGCCAGUGGCCAGUGGGUGGGCGUGGAGCUGGAUGAACCCGAGGGCAAGAAUGACGGCAGUGUUGGGGGCGUCCGGUACUUCAUCUGCCCUCCCAAGCAGGGUCUUUUUGCCUCUGUGUCCAAGAUCUCCAAGGCAGUGGACGCACCUCCUUCAUCCGUCACCUCCACACCUCGGACUCCCCGAAUGGACUUCUCCCGUGUCACUGGCAAGGGCCGCAGGGAACACAAAGGUAAAAAGAAGCCCUCAUCAUCCCCGUCUCUGGGCAGCCUGCAGCAACGCGAAGGAGCCAAGGCUGAGGUUGGAGACCAAGUCCUUGUCGCUGGCCAGAAGCAAGGGAUUGUGCGCUUCUAUGGGAAGACAGACUUCGCCCCAGGGUACUGGUAUGGCAUCGAGCUAGACCAGCCCACUGGCAAGCACGACGGCUCUGUCUUCGGUGUCCGGUACUUCACCUGCCCACCGAAGCAUGGCGUCUUUGCACCAGCAUCUCGAAUUCAGAGGAUUGGUGGAUCCACUGACCCUCCUGGGGACAAUGUCGGAGCCAAAAAAGUGCAUCAAGUGACAAUGACGCAGCCCAAACGCACUUUCACAACAGUCCGGACCCCAAAGGACAUCGCAUCAGAGAACUCCAUCUCCAGGUUGCUCUUCUGCUGCUGGUUUCCUUGGAUGCUGAGGGCGGAGAUGCAGUCUUAGAGGCUCUGGACAUCCGACAGAGACACAGAGCCCCCUCUAGCGUCUCCUGACACAAAGAGCCCCCAAGUCACCCUGAGAUAGAGAUUCCCAGUAACACAUCCAGAAUAGAGACCCCCAUUAGCCAGCCCUCGAUCACUGAGGCCCUAUUAACAGAUUCCCCCAUGAUGACCCCCCAAAUACAGACCCUAUGUUACCCAGAAAGAGAUUCCCUGAGUGUAGUACCUUCAGGCUAGUCCCACCCCUCAGAUCAGACCCCCCAAUUAACAGAUUUCCAUCUCACCCCAAAUGAUGGUGACUUCUCUACAUAAUGCUCCACAGUAGAACAUUCCUGAGUCACUAGUCACUGGAGCAAAACCAUUCCCUAUUAACAAAGACCCUCCCAGCAUCAAACCCCCUUGAAAGAAACAUCUCCAGAGAAGAAUAACAGACCCACAUUUAAUAUCAAUCCUGUCAAGAUGUUGUGACUCCCAUGGUCACCCCAAAACCCUUAGACUGCAAUCAGAGACUCCCUCCAUUAACAAAAGCCUCUACUCUUACCCCUCAAGAAGAGACCCACAUUAACCAGCCCACUGUCACCCCCAAUUUACAGAUGCCAAAACAGUCCUGGAAGUGCUAAUUACAGGACCCCCAAGUCUUCCUAUCCUCUGCACCCUCAAGAAACCCCCAGUGCCUUGUAUGAAGCCCACCCCAUGUGGCCCACAGCACCUGUGCUGGCCAGGCUCCCAGAAAAUUCUCUAUUUUUUAAGUAAUGAUUUCCCCCUUUGGGGGACCCCAAAAUUUGGAGGCCCCAUUCUGGGACUCAGGAUCCCAACCCCCAGAGUACAUGUCCCAAACUUCCCUCUGCCCCUAAUUCUGACAGCCCCUAGGAAAGCUCCAAACCCUAACUCCCAGGACCCCCAAAUCAUGGAACCCCAAAUCCCCAGGGAAUCCCAAACUUUAAAAAUCUGAUUCCAAGCCCCCAGGAAACCUUCAACCAUGGAAGUCCCUAUGCCUGAGAUGGAGGAGACUGUAGUCAGGAUAUGCAUCCUAGGCACCAGGAGACCCCAAACAGAAAUUCUAAUCCCUGGAAACCAGAGGACUUCAAUGCCCCGAGUCCAUGGAUCUCAAGAAACCCAAAUUCCAAGAGCCCCAGUCCCAAGGGAACCCCAAAUCCUCAAGCUUCCCUCUCUAAUAGACGAGGAGCAUCGAGGCCUUGAGGGGAUCCCAAAUCCUGGAGCCCCCAUUUCAAUCUACCUUCUGGUCACAGGUCCAAAACGCCAAAUCUAAGUUACUGGCCCUGGAGGACCUCAGCGCACCCUGGACAGACCAGCAAAAGCCGACGGAGACCCUGAAGGCCGAGGGUGUCCAGGGCAGACCUGGGGCCCUGAAAACCAAGAACAGCUCACGACUGCCCCUUCACUGCAUGUCCCCAGACUCAGCAUGACCCCUAUCCCCUUCAAUAAAGACGUUUCUAUGGC